CAAGAUGAAGUGGCGAAGAACGGUCAUGCGUCGGAUCCCGCAAGUCUGCAUCCUGACCGUCCAUUCACUACUAUACAAACCAACGAAACGGACUCAUUUUACCCGUUCCGUUUUACUCUUACCUCUCCCGUUGUUCUCUUCCACUACUGCCCUUUCUCCCUCCUCGGCUAACGUAACCCUCGUCCAUGGCGGAGACUCCAGCAAGAAGGUGAUCGACGAGCUCGGGAUCCAUGGCGAGAAAUAGUUCACUAGCUCCGCAAAUGGCGCUCUCGCGUCUCUCCCUUCUUCUCCUCGCCGCUCUGGCGCUCUCAUCCCUCCCGAUCCUCGCGAUCGCGAGAGGCGGAGACGCGAUUUCAAAUCGUUCAGGCCAUCUGGGCCAGAGAACUGCGUUACCUAAAAGGCGCCUUUUUGAGGAGAAAGAGCCUCAGAUUACGGAAGAAAUGACUCGAGGGUAUAUGAGCAACUCUGAACUUGAGAUGGCUGUAAAGAAAUUCGCGAAAAGAUGUGCUAACAUCUCCAGGGUAUACAGGUAUGGAUUCUCGAAAACUACUAUCAGCAUCGGAAAGAGUGUGAAUGGAGUUCCAUUGUGGGUGAUUGAAAUUUCUGACAAGCCUGGGCAAAAGGAAGCUGAACCUGCAUUCAAAUUCAUCGGAAAUGUCCAUGGUGAUGAACCUGUUGGACGAGAGUUACUUGUACUUCUUGCAAACUGGCUAUGUAACAACUAUAUGCAGGAUUCCUUGGCGACACUAAUUGUAAGAAGUGUUCAUCUUCAUAUUCUUCCAACAAUGAAUCCUGAUGGAUUUGCUCUUAGGAGGCGUGGUAAUGCAAAUAACAUAGACUUGAAUCGUGAUUUUCCGGAUCAAUUUUAUCAUAUGAAUGAUGUGAUAAGCUUGAGACAGCCCGAAACAAAAGCAAUCAUGGAUUGGGUGAAGCAACAACACUUCACAGCCUCAGCAAGUUUACAUGGGGGUGCACUUGUUGCAAAUUAUCCAUGGGACGGCACUCAAGAUACAAGGAAACAUUACUAUGCGUGCCCUGAUGACAAGACAUUUCGCUACAUGGCAACUGUAUACAGUCGCUCGCAUUAUAACAUGUCUCUAAGCAAAGAAUUUGAAGGCGGAAUUAUUAAUGGAGCAUUCUGGUAUCCUAUCUAUGGUGGGAUGCAAGACUGGAAUUAUAUAUAUGGAGGUUGCUUUGAGUUAACAUUGGAAAUUAGUGACACCAAAUGGCCAAAAGCAAGCGAGCUACCCGUCAUCUGGGAAUACAAUAGAAUGAGCAUGUUGAAUCUCGUUGCAAGUAUUGUGAAGACAGGGGUUCAUGGAAGGGUAUUCGCAGCAAAUACUGGGCGUCCUUUGCCUGCUUCUGUAAUUAUCAGAGGGAUUGAUUACAAAGUGAAUGCUAGCUGGACCUUUGGCGACUACCAUCGAAUGCUUGCUCCUAGAGGGAACUAUGAAGUUACUGCAUCUAUGCCUGGUUUCCAAACAAGGUCCACACGAAUUCAAGUGGAGGAUGAGGCUGUAAACUUGGAUUUCAUUCUAAAUCUGGAAGGAGAUGCGCACACCCCCUCACUGUUCGCUAACGGCUGCGAUUGCAGUUGCCAUGGCAACGCUAGGCUUCUUGGGUUUUUGAGAGGAAUUCAUCUGGAGUUGUUUCUUCUUCUUGUUAUCCUCUUGUUUCUCUGUUUCUUAUUUAAGAGGAAAAAAAUGCUUAAAUUUCCUCGCUAUAGAGAACCAAAUGCGGCUAAACGUGAUCUUGUUGUGUAAGAUAACGUAGUCAUUUAUUUGGGCUAUAAAUUAUAUCUCUGGAAAGUAAAAUAUAUACUCCUGUGAAAUUUAUUUGUAUGUAUAGAAUUCCAUGGACGGAGCUAAUGCGGCCUAUUUCCCUUUUUC